AUGCUACGAGACAGUAGAGAUGAGAAGGUUAGAGAAGCAGGAGUGCAGGUCAACACCGGGAGAAAGUGGAGGGAUGACAAGGCAGUUGAAGAGGCUGAGGCUCGUCUUCGGCACAGCGACAUUGUCGGUAAUGUUGCACACGGGCGACUAGGCUUCGGAUGCGUCACCCGUUCGCAGUGGAGCAAAGCCAGUGCAAAAGACCGACGCACCCAAGUGCAGGAAGAGAUUCGCCGAAUGGAGGAAGAAUCCAGGCUCACCAGAGCUGUUACCCUACGGAAACAGGGAAAAUGGCUGAACUGGGAGGGAGUACCCCAGAGAAAGCUUACAUGGAAUGCGAUCUGGACCAUGGAAAGCGACAGACUUAGUUUCUUGCUCAAGUCUGUCUACGACGUGCUGCCAAGUCCAACAAACCUAGUGACUUGGGGUUUUGCCGAAAAGCCAGAUUGCAAGCUCUGUGGAAGACCAGCGAAUCUGGAGCAUGUCCUGAGCUCAUGCAGGACAGCCCUGUCUGAUGGUCGAUACAGAUGGCGUCACGACAGGGUUCUUGCUUCAAUGGCCGAUCAUCUAGAUCAAGCACGAAAAGCGCAGAAGACGACCAACAAAGGCCCCUCAUUCAUUUCCUUUGUCAGAGCCGGAGAAGAAGGGGCAAAGGCCAAACGCGCAUGUGGGAUUCUUGGAACGGCAACAGAUUGGAGAAUGGAAGCAGACUUGAAGAAACAGCUCAAGUUUCCACAGGAGAUCACCGUGACAAACCAGAGACCCGACAUAGUACUGUGGUCAGCGGCAUCAAAACAGGUUGUGAUGGUGGAGCUCACAGUACCAUGGGAGGAGCGGAUUGAAGAGAGCUUCGAACGGAAGCGCGAAAAGUACCAGGCCCUCACAGAUACCUGCACAGAGAAAGGCUGGAAGGCAUGGUGUUUUCCAGUGGAGGUGGGCUGCAGAGGUUUCCCAGCACAAUCACUGUGGCGCACUUUCAGCAGACUGGGGGUUACAGGACAGGUCCGGAAACGGGCCAUAUCGGUUGUUGCACGUGAAACGGAGUCUGCUUCCUUGUGGCUAUGGCGGAAGAGAGAGGAGAAGUGGAUAGGGGGACACAGGGCUGUCGACUAG